GUCACAAGGCUGCGUCGCGCUCCAGCUUCUGUUGUGAUUCAGCUGAAGAAAAGGAUAAAAGUGUCCUUCUGUGAAGCGACUGUGCCACCGUUAUAAAGAUGGCGUUUAUUAAAGAGGAGAUUGAAGAUGUGAAGAUUGAAGAAACAUUCAGAGUCAAACAAGAAGAGACUGAGGAACAAAUAGACCCGAUGCCACUGAAAGAAGAGAGUCAAGAACUGAGUGAAAUGGAAGAAGAAUAUCAUGAUUUCAUAAAUGGGAAAAAAUCUGCAAAGACUGACAAGACGUCCUCAGGAAAAACAUCCAAGAGGAAAUCGUACAGGUUUUGCACCUGCCAUCAGUGUGGAAAGAGUUUCAGUCAAAAACCAAACCUUAAAAUCCACAUGAGAACUCACACAGGAGAGAAACCUUAUACCUGUCAACGAUGUGGAAAGAGUUUUAGUCAAAAAGCCAACCUUAAAAGCCACAUGAGAAUUCACACUGGAGAGAAGCGUUUCACCUGCCAACAGUGUGGAAACAGUUUCAUUCAAAAAGGGAACCUUAAAAAACACAUGGGUAUCCACACCGGAGAGAAGCCAUUCACGUGUGAUCAGUGUGGAAAGUGUUUCACACAUAAAGACAUGCUUAAUUCCCACAUGAGGGUUCACUCAAAAGAGGACUGUUUUUUGUGUCAACAGUGUGGAAGAAGUUUCGCUCAUAAAGUAAGCUUCAAGACUCACAUGAGAGUUCACACCGGAGAGGAGCCUUACGCAUGCUCUCAGUGUGGAAAGAGCUUCAGAUAUAAACCAUCUCUUGAUUCCCACGUGAGAAUUCACACUGGAGAAAACCCUCACACCUGCACACUGUGUGGGAAGAGCUUCUCACGAAACACAUCUCUUAAGACUCACAUGGACAUUCACACUGGAGAGAAGCCAUUCACAUGUGAUCAGUGUGGAAAGAGUUUCAGACGUAAAGUAACCCUUAAUGAACACGUGAAGAUUCACUGUAGGAGAUAACCCUUUUAGAUAAAGUAAUAUUAGAAGCUAUUAUCCAGCAUACCAGAGCAAAUUGCAGAGGUUAUGAGGAACAAAGGUCAACACUGUAAAUAUCGUCUCGUAUUGUUUUUGCCCAUAAAAGCUUUUAAAACCUGAUAUGCUUAUCACUGUUUUUAGUAUAUCAUCUACAAAUACUAAAGCAGCAAACUGUGCAGAACACAAAAUUUAUGUCACUGCCAAAACUUUUGGCCAUGACUAUCUACAUCUUGAUGACUGUGUUAAAGAGUUCUUCUCACAUUAACCCAAACUAGUGUGUUAUUCAUUAUACCUGUGUUUAACCGUCCCACCAUUAUCUUUUUCAAAGAUGCAAAAAGAACAGGUUAAAUUAUAUCAUAUGAACUUGCUUCACAAAAACUAGAAAAGAAUGUCCAGUUAAAAUAUUUUUGUUUAGAAAUGAGUGAAGGGUAAGUUUAAGCAGGGUGUUAUUUUAACUGGAAAAUUUCGGAAGUGAAGUCAUGGCUGCAAGUACUUGAUUUGUGCUAUGUACAUUUUACAUUUGUUUAUACGCAUCUCUUCCAGCUGCACUGAAAGCAGAGAGGUGCACAGGUCCGAUUUUGUAAAUCCGCACCCGUCCCGACCCGCUUAAAAUAGAACCGACACCCGACCCGCAAUCAAAUCAGUUAAGCCAAUCACAUUAGACACACUUUUUUUCGAAUUUUAUUGCCAUGUCAUACAGAAGUUAUUCAUGGAAAACUCUUUUUAAAAGAUAUUCGUUUUUUAUACGUUAUCUUAAUUUUGAUCAAUGUUUUAUCAAUCAAUUGCCCGUAUUUAAUAAAUAAGAAGCAAAUAUAUAGCAGACAAUGUAGCUAAUAACCUUAGUGUAAUUGACAGAAUUACAAAAAAAUAUUUUGCUACCUAAAAUUUUUCUAUUUUGUGUCACGCAUGCAUGCAUGUCUAUUUCCCGCAUAUAAAAUAUAAAACGCAUGUGGACUGAUAUUUUUCAUAUGUCUGGACUCCUUUAUUAAUGGAGUAGCUACCUAUAUAAACAGACGUUUCAAUAUAUUGGUAUUAAAUGCAUUUUCUGAGAAUUUAUAUUACAUGUUUUUACUGCAAAUGUCGAAAUAAGUGCUCUUUGUU